AUUUUGGCACAAAAGGUUGUCAAUUGUCCCAGGCCCCAGCAUUUAUCUAUGCUACAAUUUUUGACCUACUAGCUAAUAAUUGUAGCAUUGAAGGGCUCUCCAUUUUCUCUUUGGCAAUUCAUUUUUUUUUUAAGGUAAAAGAGGUUUCUUGUUCUUCAACUGGCCAGUGAGACUAAUUGAUGGCUUAUGCUUCUGUUGUUUCUCUUGCUCAAACUCUAGGGCAACUCAAUACCAGAAUCCCAGGUUUGUUUUCUGACCCAAAAAUUCAAUCUUUAGCUGCAUCUCUUGAUUAUUUCAAAGCCUUUCUUGAUGAUAGUAGCAACAGUAGUUAUUAUCACCAAGAAAAUAUCAAAGAUUUGGUUGGAAAGUUUAGAGAUGCUCUCAAUGAAGCUGAGAAUAUUAUUGAACUAAAGAUUUGUGAGAUUCAUCAAAGAGGAAAUGAAGAUUUAGUACCAGUAGUACAGAAGAUUGAGUUACUAAGGGAAGAGUUGGUGCUUAGUCUUGAGACCUGCACAAGCCAUGACCAUGACACUGAACCUGGUGAAGAUCAUUUCGAAACGAGGGUUGGUAGUCCAUCUAAGCCUAGUUUUAAUGCUAAUUUGGAGAAUGAUGUUGUUGGUCUUGAUGAUGAUUUGGAGAAGGUUAUAGAAAGGCUACUUGGGUACUCCUCCGAGAGAGAAGUCGUUGCAAUUACAGGUAUGGGUGGGAUUGGCAAAACGACUCUCGCUAAAAAAGCUUAUGAUUAUCCCCGAGUUAGGUCUCGCUUCGAUGUUCAUGCAUGGGUUACAGUAUCUCGAGAGUAUGGAAUGAGGAGGUUGCUGUUAAGUCUAGCCCGUUGCAUUCCUGGUAUGACGGCGGAUAAGCUUGUAGAGAAAACUGAGGAUCAGUUAGCGGAGUCAUUAUAUAGAAAACUUAAGGAUCGAAGAUAUCUUAUUGUCAUUGAUGAUAUUUGGAGUACUAAAGUUUGGGACGAUGUGACAAGAUGUUUUCCAGAUGAUGACAAUGGAAGUCGUAUCAUAUUAACGAGUAGGCUUAAGGAUGUGGCUGCUUAUGCUAAUCCUGAUAGCCCUUUGCAUGAGAUGGGGGUCUUAAGUUUGGAUGAUAGUUGGAAAUUACUCUCCAUCAAGGUAUUUGGGGUAAAUGAUCUUUGUCCUUUUGAGUUAGAGGAUAUCGGGAAGCAAAUAGCGGAAAGAUGUGGUGGACUUCCUUUGGCAAUUCUGGUGGUUGCAGGGCAUCUUUCUAAGAUUUCUAUGAGAAGAGAAAGUUGGAUCACUGUUGCCAAGACUGUUAAUUCAGUUGUUGCGAAUGAUCCAGAUAAAUGCCUGGGAGUGCUCGGUAUGAGUUACAAUUACCUGUCGAACCACCUCAAGCCAUGCUUCCUCUCUAUAGGUGCUUUUCCGGAGGAUUUUGAAAUAAAAGCUCGGACAUUAAUCCAAGUUUGGGUUGCUGAAGGGUUUCUGAAAGCCGAAAGGGUCGAGAGCUUGGAAAAAGUUGCAGAAGAGUGUUUGGAAGAUCUUAUUAGUAGAAAUCUAAUAAUGAUUAAAAAGAGGAGGUUCAAUGGUGAGAUCAGAAGUUGUGGCAUGCAUGAUUUGUUGAGGGACUUGAGCUUGAGAGAAGCUCAGAAAGAGAAGUUCCUGCACGUGACAUCAGCUCGAUAUGUUUCAAACUUCCUAGCACAGAGGAACGAGGGUCGUGGCUUCAGCUUUCUUUCCAACAUUUCUCUAAAUGAUUCUAGUGAGUUGUCAUCUCAUGUAACUCGAUCAAUGUUUUUCUGGGGUGAACUGUCAAUCUCUUCUCCGCCUCAUAGGCAAAUUUCCUUAUUCGCGAGCUUCAAACAUAUCAGAGUGUUGGCAAUUAUUUCUCACAUGUUUCCUGCAUUUCCAGCUGAGAUAACACAACUAACUCAUCUAAGGUACCUUUGGAUUCGAUCAAAUGGUGGUCUCCCCGCAUCAGUGUCUCAUCUCUAUAAUCUGCAAACCUUGGUAUUUCAACAGCCGGAACUGUAUUAUAUGCACAAAACUUUGGUUCUGCCUCGGGAUAUCUGGAACAUGACACAGCUAAGGCGUCUGCGUCUACUGAGUGGCAAUUAUCUGUCUAAGCCUAAAAGAAGUACCACAACAGAUGAUGUUUUGGGGCUCAGCAAUCUGGAGGAACUUUCUCACUUAUGUUUUGCGAGCUGUACAGAGGAAGUCUUUUCAUGCCUUCCCAGUAUACGUAAAGUGAGUAUCCUCGAUGCUGCAUCAGACGAUGCAUCUGAAUACUUACAAAAUCUGGUACAUUUAGAGAAACUCGAAACAUUGAAGUGCGUCUGCUAUGGUCAGAAGCGGCUCACCUUGUCAAACUGGUGUGCUUCCUUAACAUCUGUUAAGAGGUUAAUAUUAUCCGGUUGUCUUCUGCUUUCUCAAGACAUGGCAAGUCUAGCUGCAUUGCCCAAUCUUGAAGUGCUUAAACUUAGAGAUAAUGAGUUUGAAGGUUGUGCGUGGACACUAAGUGAUGAAGACGAGUUUAGCCAGCUAAAGUUCCUACUGCUUGCUGAGCCACGUCUACUGAACUGGGAAGCCGGUAGUGUUAACUUCCCAAACCUUCAAAAGUUAGUUUUGAGGAAAUGCAUCUGUCUUGAGGAAAUACCAAUCGAUAUUGGAGAGAUAUGUACAUUGGAGAUGAUUGAACUGAUUUGCUGCAGCUCUUCUGCUCAGAAUUCAGCAAAUGAAAUUCGCGAAGAACAGGAGAGCAUGGGAAACUCUUGUCUUGACAUACGCGUUUAUGUUGACGAUGAUGAACCUUCCUCGUUGUUCGAUUUCUGGAGAGCAGUACUAGAUUGAACUUGAGUUGAGAAAUCUGUAUUUGACUUGCUAAGUUUCUUGUUAUUGUUACUUUAAUUUAACUAGGAAUAUGAUUGUACUAGGUAAAAAUGAUCUACAAUAGGGAUGAUGGGAGCGGAGUGUGUGAUAUAUAACAUAAUUUCAUUCUGACUUCUUAGUCCAUAAAUUUGAAAAAUAUUUUAAAUCUA